UCAACAACAUCCAUUGAUGAAUAGAACAUAUUCAAUGCCUCAACAACAACAAAUGAAUGAUAUGACUGCUGCAAUGAUUAUGCAACAACAACAACAAAAUUGGGCUAGACAACAAAUGUUUCCCAUGCAACAACAACAGCCACCACCGCAACAAUUUGAACAGAAUGUUCUUCGAUUUUUAUCGAUGCUGUCUUUACAACAACAAACCACGAAUAAUUCAAUGACAGUACAUACACAACAACAAGAAAAUCUAUAUGAUCGUCAAUCUGUUAAUAGUCAACAAGGUUUAGCUGAUAAAAUUCAAGCUGUACGUCAUCUAUGGGAAACAGAAAAUGUUCAACAACAACAACAAAUGUCAACUGCUAUGGAUCCAAAUUUAUAUAAUCCUAUGAUGUCAACAUUUCAACAACCAUCGCAAAAUUUUUUUCAUUAUAAUUAA